AUGCGCGAUGCAGAGUAUCCGUUUUUGAUCUGCGACGAGCUGGCGCUGCCCCUGUUCGAGGCGGCCACGAGCACGGCCAUUAUCGAGUUAUGUUUCUGGCUUCUUAAACGAGGACAGGUUCAGUUAGGCCUCUCUGUCACCCCGGGGGCCCGACAGCGGCCGAGGACCGACGAGUGCCUGAUGCCCCUGGGGCCCGCCAUCACGUUGCACGACGAGGCAUGGGGGGCGCACGCAAUCGACCUGCUGACCAUGACUGGCUUCAGCAUGAGCGGUAGUGUCGUGGACCUUCGCCCGAUCACACUUCUGCCAGUAAUCUACAAGUGGCGCAGUCACAGCCUGCGGCUCCUGCUUGGGGGCCCAGCUGCGCCUUUCCUGUUCAAUCUGAGACUCGACGCCCUGAUCGAUGUGUUCGCGCGGCGCUGCGAGCGCCGCGGAUGGGGAUGGGGUUUCCGCUGGCAGGUCUUCCUUUUAGAUGCGCCAGGUUUUUACGCGCGCAGGAGCAAGCGCUGGAGCGCGGCCGACAAGGCCAUGCCCGCAAGCUCCGCCCCUGAAGGUGUCUCUGGUUCCUGUGGUCGCGAGCGCGCCGCGACGUCUGGCAACCGCUCCCCGCUGUUCCUCGAGAGUGAAGUGGAGGCCGUGCUGCCCCAGACCCCAUCCACAGCUGCCGCGGACCACCCGGGGGCUUGCACUCCAGUUCGCGACCUGCUGACGGGCAACCCGUGGGUGAUAGCGGCGGGCGAGACACUCCCGAACCGUCUUUCGGACGUCAUCAUCACCGCCGAGGUCCGCGUGGACAAGUUGAAGUACGCGUGUGAGGAGGCGUCGAAGAAUGUGCCUCCUUCGGCUGGAUACACCGAGACCAUGAUCAUGGAGUGCAUCUCGGACUUCAUGAGUUCGGACGCCGCGCCCCUCUUGGCGUGGGAGUCCGAGACCGCGGAGAGGGGCUGCGCGCGUGAGGGCGUGGAUCAUUCUCCCGCGGCGGGCUUCGCGAGGGUGGCUGCGCGGCCUCCCGCGGCGGCGCUGCCGCCCGAGGCCGCUCGCGAGCGCCGCGCGCGCGGCGCGUGCAACGGCGGGGAGGUGUUGGCGACCCCCGCGCCGGGCGGGCCGAGGGUCGGUGUCCAGCGCGACGGCCGCGCGGCCGACCUCGCCAUCGAGGACGGAGAGGAUGGCGCCGGCGAGGGCGGCGGGGAGGGCAGCUUCGAGGAGAUUGGCUUGAGGCCUGUCGCCGCCGCUCGGCGGCCGCUCGCCCUGGGGGCCGCGGCCCCGCCCGCGCCCGUUGCCGCCGACCGGGCUCGGUGGAGGCCCGCCGCGCCGCCGCGGGCCCGCCGAGGUCGCGCUCGGGGCCUCGUCGAGAUCGCGCAACUGAGGCGCGAGGAGUCUCUCCGCAGGGCCGAGAAAGCCUUGGAGGCAGAGCAGCAGCUACUGGGCGAGGCGCGCCACCGCCACGCCGUGGGGCAGGCGCGGGGCCUCGUGGAGAUCGGGCGCCACCUCGCUCCCGCCGAGGGCAUAGGCGAAGCCGUCGCGCCCGCGUCCUUCUCGAUGGGCGGUGGCGCCGAGGGGGGCUGCCAGUCCAUGUGCGCGGGUCAAUGUGAGGCCCCUCUACGCAGGUCCAUGUGCGCUGCCUUUAGCAGCGAGCUCUGCCGGUCCAUCAGCGCCGUCAGCGGGCACGACGCGGGCGUUCCCGGGCCUGGCGGUGGCGCCCUCGUUCCGGAGCGCGCGGACGGCCGCCGCCGCAGCGCCCGCGCGCCGAGUCCCAUGAAGGCGGAGGCCUUCCGCCUCUCGCUCUCGCAGGAGCCCCGCCCGCUGGCGCCAGGCGAGCCGCCCCCGCCCAUCGCCUCGGGCCCCGUGGCGGACCCGGGGCGAAUGCUGGACGCCGGCUACUGCCCGAAGGAGAUCUGCCCAGGGCCCAGCUCACUGCUCACGUGCACCGAUCUAGCCCUCUCUGGGCUAGGCUGGCAGGACAUCGAGCGGCUCUGGGCCCAGAAGACGCGGCUCGACGGCCUCUUCGACUCGGGCCGGGGCGACCUCUACAGGAGGGCGAGGGAGCAGGCCAGGCCUAUUUCCCCGCGCUGCGCUCCUCUUCCCAGGCCCGUCGGUCCGCAUCCCAAUCGUCUCGCCGAGUUCUACGCCGUGCAUCCAUAG